GAAAUUAGAUUAGAGCGAAUUCGAUGGAUAACAUGGUCUACUAUUUCUUUCUUCUUCUUUUUUUUUUCUUUAAUCUUAAAAGUUAGGUUUUUAAUCGAGACCAUAUUAGAUUAUAUGCCAAUAAACACCAAAAAUACCUAUAAGCCAAGAGUUUAUCAACCAACAUAACAAAAGACAUAAGCUGAUUACCCUCAAUUUAUGACUUUUGCAAUUUAUAAAUAUUUUUUAUUUGAUCUGUCUUUUAUAAUUAUAUAUCUCUAAUAUCUUUGGUAAUUUUUAAUUACUUUUUUCUAAAACAUAAUUUUAAUUAUUCUUCCAACUUAUUUUCGUCAUUCAUUCUUUUUUAUUCAAAGUGUUAUAAUAUUUUUUGGUAAAUAACUUUUUUACAUAAAAGUGCCUAUCGACAUAUUUUUAUCAAACACACAAUUGAUUAUUAUUUAUUUCAAUACUUUUUUAAAAUACGUAAUUAUUUAUUUAUAAAAUUAAUUUCUAACAUCAAAAUAUAUCUUUUAAUCCUUGAUACUCAUCAUCUAUUUUAACUAAUUCAAACUACCAUCAAAAGAUAUUUUAGACAAGACUCUUCUUCAUUUAAUCAGAGAUCUCAAUAUCAAAUUUUGAAUAUGAAAAUAUUUGUUAAUAAACUCAACGAUCUACACCAUGAGAAUUCUAAUUAAUCGGCCUUCAACAUGAAUAUGAAAGCCCAAAUAAAAACCAAAAAUAAAGAAAAACUGGCUAACUCAAACUCUCUCUAAACCCACUGGAAUUAAUUAGCUAUUUGUUUCACCUUUUUCUCCCUUUAAUUCUAGUGGCUUGACCUCCAUCAUUUCUCCUCCUCCGUUCUACCCCACUUACUUCCUCUUUCCCUCCGUAUGUCUUUCUUACAGGUCUCAAAUAUUGUUACCAGCUAACUAUAACUCAUUAGAAAUGAAAGAGGACUAUUAGAUAUACUUAAUACUAAUGGAUAAACAAGCUGGGAAUCAUCAUCAUCAAAAUCAUGAAAUAUCUAACAAAGAUGAUUACUCACCGAAGAUUAAGCCGCAAAAUUACCAAGUUGCCACUGGAAACAACAGUGAUAGGUUGAAGAGGGAUGAAUGGAGUGAAGGAGCAGUUUCGUGUCUUCUAGAAGCUUAUGAAGCGAAAUGGAUACUCCGUAACAGAGCUAAGCUCAAAGGACAAGAUUGGGAAGACGUGGCUAAGCACGUGUCGGCGCGUGCAAAUUCAACCAAAUCACCAAAAACUCAAACGCAGUGUAAGAACAAAAUUGAGUCCAUGAAGAAAAGGUACCGAUCGGAAUCUGCAACCGCCGCCGAUGCUUCUUCCUGGCCGUUAUAUCCUCGCCUUGACCUUUUGUUACGUGGAAAUAACGCGUCCGCAGCUUCCUUUUCGCUAAUUCCGGCGCCGGCGGCGGUUGCGCCGCCGCUGAAUUGUGUGGUUGACGUUGUGGAACCACCGCAGGCGGCAAUAGUAAUGCCUCCACCUCCGGAAGUUCCUCCUACUUCUCUGCCGCCGCUCCCGCCGCCGCUGCCGACGGCUUUGCCUAUUGGGAAUGGUGAUCAGAAUUCGCAUGGUUCUAAUGGUUUGGACAGAGGAAUAAAGGAAGACAUAAUGGACGCCAAAUUAUCAGACAAUGCUGCAGCUCCAGAUCACAAAAACGCAACAGCUACAAAUAGCAGCAGCACGCCGGCGCUCUACAGCGACAACAAGAGCAAGUCGAAAUUGAGAUCAAAGAAGCGAAAGAGGGCAGUGGAAGGGUGGGAAAUCGGAGAGAGCAUACGUUUGCUAGCUGAAGUAGUCGUAAGGUCAGAGCAGGCACGAAUGGAGACGAUGAGAGACAUUGAGAGAAUGAGGGCAGAAGCUGAGGCCAAAAGAGGAGAAAUGGACCUUAAGAGAACUGAGAUCAUUGCCAACACUCAGCUUGAGAUUGCUAAGCUCUUUGCUAGUAUUACCAAAGGAUCAGUUGACUCCUCAUUGAGAAUUGGAAGAAGUUCAUGAUGAGCAAAUAAUAUUUUAUCUGGCUGUGGAAACUGAAAUAACCUUGUUAUCAUCUUUAAUUUGAUGAUAUCUUCUUGACCCAGCCACUAUAUCUAAUUAUGGAGGACAUUUUAUUUAGAUUAGUAAUAACUGCCACUUCCAUCAUUAUCUUGCUGAUUUGUAAUCUUAAAGGACUUUACUAUAUCACUUCUUCCUUCAUCAAUCUUAUCAAAAAGAUAAAGAGGAAUAAAAUUAACCUACCAUCAACUUUA